GUUUGCUGGAGCUGGACUACUUUAGCAGUCCUCUGGUAUUUCAGUCUCUAUGGGAGAUGAGACAGCAAGUCUCCUCUUGUUGUUGCUGUAAUCGUUCCCUUUCCUGUUGACUUUCUAGAUCUAAGGACUUGCAAACGGAGGUUUCCGUGCCGACUGAAGAAUCGCGUCACGAGAGACCCGGCGAGAUGGACGGGAUCAACUUCACCUUCUGGAACGCCUCCGACGGCAACGAGACCCAGCCCGCCGUCACCCUCCAGAGCCCCUACAAGACGGUGGAGGUGGUCUUCAUCGUGCUGGUGGCCGGCUCCCUCAGCCUGGUGACGGUCAUCGGGAACAUCUUGGUGAUGCUCUCCAUCAAGGUCAACCGGAGCCUGCAGACCGUCAACAACUACUUCCUGUUUAGCCUGGCCUGCGCGGACCUCAUCAUUGGCCUGUGCUCCAUGAACUUGUACACGGUGUACAUCGUGAUUGGCUACUGGCCGCUGGGGCCCGUGGUGUGCGACCUGUGGCUGGCGCUGGACUAUGUGGUGAGCAACGCGUCCGUCAUGAACCUGCUCAUCAUCAGCUUCGACCGCUACUUCUGCGUCACCAAGCCCCUCAGCUACCCCAUCAAGCGCACCACCAAGAUGGCGGGCAUGAUGAUCGCCGCCGCCUGGGUGCUGUCCUUCAUCCUGUGGGCGCCGGCCAUCCUCUUCUGGCAGUUCAUCGUGGGCGGCCGCACGGUGCCCGACAAGGAGUGCUACAUCCAGUUCUUCUCCAACGCGGCGGUCACCUUCGGCACGGCCAUCGCCGCCUUCUACCUGCCGGUCAUCAUCAUGAUCGUGCUCUACUGGCGGAUCUCGCGGGCCAGCAAGAGCCGCGUCAAGAAGGACACGCGCAAGCCGUCGCAGGCCAACCCGGCCGCCGGCUCGCCCAGCCAGGUGCGCGGCCACGUGGCCAAGCCCACCAACAACAACGUGACCGGCGGCGGCGGCGGAGGGGGGGAGGAGGGCCCCAACCGGGGCCAGACGCAGUCCACGGAGGACGUGGCCAACCAGCACGACGGCAAGCUCCAGAACGGGAAGGGCCCGUCCAGCACGGCCGGGGACGGAGAGGCGGACGGGGACGAGGCGCCCAGGGACAACGGCAUCCCCGGCGAGGAGAAGGACAGCUCCAACGACUCCAGCUCCGGCAGCGCCGCCGCCCACAACCAGAAGGAGGACGAGGACGGCGCCGCGGCUGGGGCGGCCGGAUCCUCCGCGGCCGAGGCCGGCCCGCCGGUGACCCGGCACCGGGCCAAGGCCGGCGGCUCCAAGCUCACCUGCAUCAAGAUCGUCACCAAGUCGCCCAAGGGCGACUGCUACACGGCCUCCAACACCACGGUGGAGAUCGUGCCCAGCGCCAGCGACAAGCAGAACCACGUGGCGCGCAAGAUCGUCAAGAUGACCAAGCAGGCGCCCAAGAAGAAGAAAGGGCCGCCGUCGCGCGAGAAGAAGGUCACGCGGACCAUCAUGGCCAUCCUGGUGGCGUUCGUGGCCACGUGGACGCCCUACAACGUCAUGGUGCUCAUCAACACCUUCUGCGGCAGCUGCAUCCCCAACACGGUGUGGACCAUCGGCUACUGGCUCUGCUACAUCAACAGCACCAUCAACCCGGCCUGCUACGCCCUGUGCAACGCCACCUUCAAGAAGACGUUCAAGCACCUCCUGCUCUGCCAGUACAAAAACAUCCGCUCGGCCAGAUGAACAGAUGCCUGGGUGUCCGGGGUGUCGUGCAUGAUUUAUGUGUACAGUCUGAGCGUGUGUGUGUGUGUGUGUGUGUGUGUGUGUGUGAGAGUGUGAAUGUAUGUGUGUGUGUGUGUGUGUGUGUGUGUGAGUGUGAGAGAGAGAGAGUUUGUGUGUGUUUUGUGAGCAUGAUGAAUGAAAGGCAGGAGAUGAAGGUGAGAGAGUAAGUGGUGAUGUAUUUCUUCAACUCCUUUUCGUUUCUUUCUUUUUUCCUAAGCAACCUGUUGUGGCACUUUAUAAAUGCAACCGCAGCAGCCAGAGUCAAAGGCGUGAUUCAGAAUGCUUGAUCUCCAAGCACUGAGGGAAGAAAAGGGAAGGGUUUUGAGGGACAGCUCUGAAAAAAGUCACACAAAAUCCACACGACUGACAGAUCAAACUACAAAAAACAAUCCACACAACAUGAAUCGACUCCUAACAGUGUGAUGGCACAGGUUGAUUUGGCAAUAUGUGACUUUUGUUUAAUCGGAGGCACAGUUAAGGGAAGGCAGAGACUUCAGUGUCACCCUGAAGCCCCUUGCCGUGACAGAGAGGUCAAGUCAAACAGGACGAAGAUUGGACGGGCUCUGCGCUGCUUAUUUUAACACAACUACUAAGGGAAAAUAGGGCUGACUGAACCAUCAAACCCUGAGUUUGUUGGUCAGUAUAAAUUGAUCCCUGUAUAUAUAUACAUAUGUGUAUAUAAGUUAAUGUACAGUACAUUUAACAUAAUCUAUGUUUGUGUACGUAGGGGUGUAUGUCUGAGUGAGGCUAGACUGUACGUAUGUGUGAAUGUCUUUCUCUGUGUGUGCGUGCGUGUGUGUGUGUGUGUGUGUGUGUGUGUGUGUGUGUGUGUGUCUGUGUGUGUGUGUGUGUGUGUGUGUAUGUGUAUGUAUGUGUGUGCCUGUGAGAGACACAUAGAGAGAGAGAGAGAGAAGGGAACUCUAUUGAACUUCACUGAAGAUUAUCUACAACACAAAUUCAAUGGGAAGGACCUGAGGCGGUGAUUACUGCUGGAUGUAUCGCUUGUCUCAAGCUGUUCCCCCCGGUGCCAGGAGGGACGCUGGGCUGUCAUGAGCUGCGCAGCGGAGCAGCUUGGACGAGCGGUUCAGAGGGGCCUCUCUGACAUUUCCAUGAGCAAGAGUACAACACAGCUACAAGUGCCUAAGCCCCUGGGAGUAACUAAUUACCUUUUUUAGUUGACCAUUAAAAAACGCUACCGGAGACAAAGCUCCCAUAGAGCAGCCGAGUUAUAGAUCCUGUGUUAUCUAUUUUCACACAGCCUCUUGAAAGGUGCAUUUUACCUUUUUUGUUUUUAUCUUAAGCUCAAAGGCACAGAAUACAUACAUUAUUAAUACUGCAUACAGUAUUUAUAGCAUGCAAAUCAAAAUGGCACCAUACUGUACAUUAUCAGCCAUCUGCCAAUUAUAAUAGGAUGCACCUAAACAUGGUGUUAAGCAACAGUGAGGCCCCUGGAGGCAACACACGCCCCUCUUACCAUUUACACGGAGACAGGUGAGGACGAUAUGCUCCCCAUCAUUGGAAGCAUGGAGCCAAACCUCUAGGCUACAGCUGUGUGUUCCCGAAAGGAAUCUUGGGCUUUUGUGUGUGUGUGUGUGUGUGUGUGUGUGUGUGUGUGUGUGUGUGUGUGUGUGUGUGUGUGUGUGAGAGUGUGUAUAGGCUUUUGUGCGUGAGUGUGUAUAGGAGUGCUGAGCAGAUUGUGGUCUUUGCGACUUCUGGUGUUCUGGUGAACGAGUGAAUCUUAAGACAGCUGUUGUAGUAUGGGUAUCUAAGUAAGGCGUGGUGAAACGGUAUGGUUAUAGUGUGUUGGAAAUGUAUGGCACCCUGGAAUGGGGUGAAAUUCUUAUCACAGGCGUAAGCUUUGUGAACAAAAGGGCUAUUUCAUCAUUCUAUAUCAUCCAUGUAUUAUAGUUCCCAUGGUUACAUUAAAUGAACAUCCCCGUGGCCACAUAUCUGUAGGUAGGUAUUAAUUAUAACAGCGGUGGAUUUAUACGCUAAUCACGCUGGUUGUUUUGAAAGAGGGGCGAAAAAAUAGCUACCUGUUGCAGGUCAUGCUUGAAUGCCACCCGUCAGAGUUUCCCACUUGACAUCCGCGGCAUUUGUGUGCCAGUCGUGAUGUUUGGCAGGACGGUUUCGAGAGGGGAAUGGAGUCAGAAUGGAGUGCAUACCCCCCGUGGCGCUCUCCUUACGACUGGGAUCUAGGACAGCCGAAUAAUGGCUUCUUGGCACACGGUUUAUCAGAUUACGGCAUGAUGUGGAACACCUACAUCGGAGAUUGCACAUUACACGCUUGACUUACACAGCAGGCCAGUGUCCCACUUAGUGGCCUACUCAUUCUUUAUCCUAUUAUGUGUGACUCUGCCAUACAUUGUCUCGCUCAAGCCGAGGCACCAUUACCAGCACCAUUGUAAUGUAUGCUUCUCUCUCUCUCCCCACCUUUCCCUCUCAAACUCGUUUUUCUCUUUCUCUAUACCCUCCUAUAUACAUUCUGUUUCUCUAACUCAAAGACAGACUCUCCGUCUCUCUCUCUCUCUCUCUCUCUCUCUCUCCCUCCUUCUCUCUCUUUUCCACUCCUGUGCUCCUGUUUCAUGUCGCUCCCCUUUUCGGUGUCUGCAUUCGAGGCAGAUGUCAGCUCCUCAAACAUGAAUCCAUCUCUCCAUCUCUGGAAGGCCACGGACCGCUCGCUUAAGACACACAGCGCCCUGAAGGGCCCCGUUGCUCAUGGGAUGCGCUUGCCUGGAACUCCCCACUUCUGACGGUCGCUCUGUGUGUGUGUGUGUGUGUGUGUUUGUGUGUGUGUGUGUGUGUGUGUGUGUGUAGGUGUGUGUGUGUGUGUGUGUGUGUGUGUGUGUGUGUGUGUGUGUGUGUGUGUGUGUGUGUGUGUGUGUGUGUGUGUGUGUGUGUGUGUGUGUGUGUGUGUGUGUGUGUGUGUGUGUAGGUGUGUGUGUGUGUGUGUGUGUGCGAGAGAGAGAGAGAGAGGUGCUCAUCCAAGUUUGCCAUCCCAGUUAUCCGUCAGGCCGAUAAGUGGACUCAUGUCUAGGUGUCAUCUGUCAGGCGUCCCGGUGGCAGCUGAGAGCCCCCUCUCUGCCCAUCGCUCGCCGGGGACGCUUGAUUAAUCUCCGUCUAAGCUGCCGUUUGAGUGAUAGCCGAGGAGAAGUAAGUGCUCGCCACCACAAGUGGAGGAGAGUGCCAGCUUUUGUGCGUGUGUGUGUGUGUGUGUCCCCCUUCACCGACCCCGCCGCCA